GGAAACCAUGGAAACCCAGAUUUCAUAUCAUAAUGUCAUGCGAGACAUCUUAAUUGCAAGAAUGUCGUGAUAAGACAUCGUUUGCCCAAAUUUAUAGUAUAGUUUCGAAUGGGUUUCAUGUUACAACAUCCACUAUUGAUAAAGGAAGGAAAUUUGAUUUGACCAGCCAGUCAGGAUGGUGCUCAGAAGGAGGAAUAAAAGUUGCAUUCCCUAUAUUUUCAAGGAGGGUAGUUACAGCCCUCCCUCCCCAUGCAGGCUGCAAGGGGAUUUGUGGCACAGGAAAUUGAGGGCUUCUGAUCGACUGUUCAACCAUCAGACACUUGCUAGUGCUAGGAAGAGUGUUUACUACAAACCUAACCCAGAUCUCAUUCCUCGCGAUGACCUAGACUACAUCCUUGCGUCCAGCUACCUUCACAAUGAACAUUCUUUCAUCGACCCCAUCGACCCACUUCUGCAAGCAGAGACCAUGGGUGACGACACCUUUCGCAGGCUACGUAACACCAUUGACAUCCACCCUCAGCAACAGCUACAAGAUGUCUUUGCCGCCAAGGCAACUUCCGGAAAAUUCCUUACAGCUGGCAGCGUAGACGGAUACGUGGAAAAGCCUGAAUGCAUACCAUACAAAUACCACGAGUCCCAUCCCGUAUUGAUUGGAGGCACCACCAGCAACAAACAUCCUAUGAAUAUAAAAUUGAUGAACUCUUCUCAUCAUGCCCCACAAACGAAUGCAGGAUACUCAAGACAAGAUGCCGAUGGUACUUUCUUCCAGUACUGACGCUUCCUGAAUUCUGUUAUCGAUCUUUUUAAGUAUUAUUCGAAUUUUUUUCCAAGCAGUGUUAGUAUUAUAGAGUGUUGGAAAUGAAUAAAAAAAAAGAAUAU